GAUUGCUCCUAAGAUGGCGGCCUGCAGCAGCAGCAGCAGCAGCAAUGAUAAUGACAAUAUAGGGAGCAAUAUCCCCGUGUAUGAAGCGGCGGAGCUGAACUCUCGGGCCUUCUGCGUGGGGGCCUUCGGGGCUCUGUGGAAAGAGGCGCUGCGGGAGGAGGACCUGGCCUUGGAGGAGGAGGAGAAGAUGGAGGAGGAGGUGGAGGCCGCCGCGGUGGCCCUGGAUCUGGGCUGCCCUGCGGAGGUGGCCCAGGAGCUGAGGGACCUCUGCAGAGUUGGUGCACUGAUGGGACCUGAGAAGGAAGAUACAGACGUUAUACCCGAAGACAGUAAUUUAUUGACUCUUAGAAUUAGACAGAAGGCUCUUGAGAGAAGAGAAGAAACAGUCAUUGUAGAUCGUGCAAAUAGACAAGAAACAUUUAUCUAUGAGAUGGAAUCUCAUGCAAUUGGAAGGAGGCCAGAAGAUCCAGUCAACAUGGUCAAGGAGGGAGAACUUGUUUUAACUCUCAAUAUUUUCUAUCCUGUCAUAUUACAGAAGCAUAAGCUUCGUAAGCCAUAUCAGACAGUAUUGGUUCUUGGUAGCCAGAAGCUUACUGAGUUGAGAGAUUCCAUUGCCUGUGUCAGUGACCUUCAGAUUGGAGGAGAGUUCAGCAAUCAUCCUGAUCAAGCUCCAGAAAACAUCAGCAAGGAUCUCUACAAGUCAGCGUUCUUUUAUUUUGAAGGUGUUUUUUAUGAUGAUAGAAGGUACCCAGAGUGCAGCGACUUAAGCAGCACAAUUAUUGAGUGGGCAGAAUCUCGCGACAGAGGCUAUUCAAAUCUUCAGUCUGCUAAAAUGGAAGACUAUACGUUUAAGGACUUGAACAUCAAAAUAGGCUUUCCCUACCUUUACUGUCAUCAAGGAGACUGUGAACACAUCAUUAUCAUCACAGAUAUCAGACUUAUUCAUCGAGAUGAUUGCUUGGAUAAGAGCCUCUAUCCCUUGUUAACCAGAAAACACUGGCUGUGGACCAAGAAAUGCUUUGUAUGCAAAAUGUACACAGCCAGGUGGGUGACCAAUGAAGACAGCCUGGCUCCACAGGACCCCUCCUUCUUCUGCAAUGUCUGUUUCCAAAUGCUCCAUUAUGAUGCACAUGGCAACAAACUGGGAGAGUUCCUUGCCUACCCUUACGUUGAUCCAGGGAUUUUCAACUAGGGCUUCAUUGAGGAUAAACUGAACUGUGACAUUACUUCAGUAAAUGCUGAACAUAUAGCUUAAAAUACUGAAGUAGUGGCCAUACUGUCUUUUGCAAUGCUUUGUGGCUGUGUAGUGCAAUUUGUAUCCCUAGCUAGCUAGUCAGAUGGCAAGGGCAUGUGGACAUUAUAGAUUGUAUUGGCUGCACCUGCACUGCAGAAAUAAUCCAGUUUGAUACCAUGGCUCAAUGCUAUAGAAUUCUCAGAUUUGUAGUAUGUUGUGGCACCAAAACUCUCUGAGAGGAAACUAAAUGUUUCAUGAAACUACAAUUCCCAGUAUUCCAUAGCACUGAGCAAUGGCAGAUAAAGCAGUGUCAGACUGAAUUAAUUCCGCAGUGUGGAUGCAGCCAUUAAGAACUAAAGGUGCAUGUUAUUGUGUACCUGAGUUUAGUUUUUAAUCGGAUCUUGGCCAGUAUAGUUAGGCACAUUUCCACCUUUUUACAGUAGUUCUGAGCCUUAGAGGAAUUCAAAGACUAAUGAAAGUGAGUUCCUGUAGAUACAGAGUUGUUUAGAAACUUGCCAGUGGUCUGUUUAUUACUAAGACAGGUCAUUAGAUGACAUUCACCUCACUCCAAUCUUCCAGAAGUCAAAUCUGGCCUCUUCUUUGAGGAGGGAAAUGAAAUACCAGAAAGUAGCAAGGUGAUUGCCCCCACCAGUCUUCAUGUCUGGACUAUAUACCUGAGGUUAUUUGGAGAACAAGACUGGAUAGCAUUUUUGUUGCCUUUAAGGAUAUUGAUAUGCUUUUGGUUGGAAUGGACCCUUUUUGCUAUAAUUUUUUCCCCAUAUUCUUAUUAAAUUUCUGAUAGCUUUGAUGCCUUUACCAUAGGACUUCCGGACUAAAGGUAAACAAAGGUCCAAAACACUGCAGAAAUAAUCUAGUUUGAGACCACCUUAACUGCCCUGGUUCAUUGCUAGGGAAUCCUGGGAACUAGUUUAUUGUGUCACCGGAGCUCUCUGACAGUGGCGAUUAAAUGUCACAGGAAAUUACAAUUCCCAGAAUUCCCUAGCAUUGAGCCAGGGCAGUUAAAGCGGUCUCAAACUGGAUUAUUUCUGCAGUGUGUUUUGGACCAAAGACAGCCUUGUUGUCAUCCUUCUCUCCUUGAGAAGGAGAUUUGGUUCUGUGUUUGAGAGCAAUUGUUUUCCUCUCUGUGAGAGAUUUGGCUACUCCAAUUAGGGCAUAUUGCUCCGAACAUGCUGCCUCCUGGGUUUAAUUUGGUUAUUGACAUACGUCUUCCUUUUUUAUGUGUGUGCCCCUCUCCUUUGGAAAUGAGUUCAUUUACUUAUAAAUGAGUUCCAGAUGUCCCUUAGUUGCUUUUAUUGUACUGAUACUUUAUUUAAAAAUAAAUGGGUCAAUAUAAAUAAUA